AGCACCAGCACAGCCUGCACAGGUGGAAAAGAAAGAUGGAAGCCCUCGAAACAACACUCCGCGGCAUCCUCACGCCCAUCACGCGCAACCUGCCCCAACCCAUCAGCGAUGCAGCAACACAACUCCUCGGCGACAGCUGCUACCGAAGUCUCGUCCACAACAUCACCAUCUCCGACACCGUCUGCCUGAAACUCGCCAUCUCCAAAGCGCUAGGCAUCGCCAUCAUUGGCGCCUCCAGCAUCGUCAAGAUCCCGCAACUCCUCAAACUCAUCAACAGCCAAUCCGCCGAUGGCAUCUCCUUCCUCUCCUACCUCCUCGAAACCGUCAGCUACCUCGUCACGCUCGUCUACAACGUGCGAAAUCAGUUUCCCUUUUCCACAUAUGGUGAGACUGCAUUGAUUGCAGUGCAGAAUGUGGCUAUUAGUGUCUUGGUCUUGCAGUAUUCGGGCAAAGCACCUGCUGCUGCCGUGUUUGUGGGAGGUUUGGCCGCUGCGGGAUAUGCCUUGUACAAUGAGAGCGUCGUGAGCAUGGCACAAUUGCAGUACUUUCAGGCUGGAGCGGGCUUGUUGGGCGUGGCGAGUAAAUUGCCUCAGAUUGUGACGAUUUUCUCACAAGGGGGAACCGGACAAUUGAGUGCUUUUGCGAUCUUCAACUAUCUCGCUGGGUCGUUGGCACGGAUCUUCACCACUUUGCAAGAAGUGGACGAUAAGCUGAUCCUGUACGGCUUCCUUGCUGGCUUCUCCCUGAAUCUGGUCCUUGCGUUGCAGAUGAUUUAUUACUGGAACAGUCCGAGCACCAAGCACCAGGAGAAGCUAACUCCUACGAAAGCGGGAGCACCAAGCUAUGCGAAUGUGGUUAAGGCGAGCGGCAGCCAAAGGCAGAAGAAUUCGCCAUCGACUAGGAGAAGGGGAUGAUUUGACUGAUGAUCUCUGCAGAGAUGCAGGGUCGUGUCUGUCGCUCAUAAUAAAAUUUCAUUUUGAUCGCGGCGAUCUUAUGCCCAUCGUACUAAUUGAUUAGUGCCGUUGGACCCUUGCCAAGUCUUGCCUAGCUUCCACUAGUUCAGACUCCGACGGCAUGUUCACAAUCAUCAGAUACAGCACAUCCUCCUUCAUAAUCCUCUUGACAGCGCCCAAGGGACCACCCUUCCCGUUCCGACGAUCUCUGCCACGAACGUCGCGAUACUGCAAAGCUCGAUGGGAAGAUCCCUCUCCAGCAUCAUCGCUCCGCUCAUCUUCAACGUAAGCCUGCCCUCGACGUUCCGCAACUCGAUCACCGUGCAAACCCAGUCGAGCGUACAAUUCCUCAUGAUAAGCGCUUCUGUAUCCUCUUCUCCUUCUUCUUCUCCUACUGCUGCUGCUACUGCCUCUCGAUUCUCGUCCCCGUGUGACCCGGCGCGUGUCACGAGAGAAAUCUCUCUCCAUCUUGUCUGCACGCUUAUCCAUUCGAGGCGUCAAUUUUCCACCAGAGACUAAUGCGAUCAAGCCGCCAGAGUGCAUGGGAUGGUUGGGGUCUGCGAUGGAGGUCUUGAAGCUGUGUUGUUGUUGAUUUGAUCUCGUGAGCGAGGAAUUGGGAUCUUGACUUGCUUGAUCCAUUUGUGCUCUUCGAUCGAGAUAGUGUGCGAGAAACUUCUUCGCAUCGUGGGUCUUGUCUUUGAAUGUCUCCGGACCUGCUUGAGCGACGGUGUGAUCAAUGUCUGGAAAAAUUAGCGGCGCAGAGUCGGGAAGCAUGGCAGUUCCUCUGGUUGAAGCACUCGCGAGUCGGAGAUUCUGGAUUCGAUUGCUCAUGCUCAUGCUCAUG